UGACACAGCAACAUCAGCCAACAAUCUCACCACCCACUACACUCGACCCCCGGAGGUUGGUCAGUUUUUCAUUUGACACUAUUUUAGUUUAUACCCCGUUGGUUGGUCAAAGUCAAACUAAAAAAUGACGAACUGUCACUUUUUACACGGCGUUAAUGCACACUAUCAAAACAAACGUUUGGUAGUGUGUGUGAACUCCGUGUAAAAGAGGUGUCAAAUUAAAAAGUGACCCCGUUCGUUUGACAACAGUUGGUGUCAAACCAUCGGGGUUUGAGUGUACCGACGACGACGCCGACGAUGGACAUGCACGGAAAAAAAUUUGAUCCCAGUAGGUAACGUGUUGCGACGUGUUCAAACAGACCAUCCACAUGCUGCUUCGAAAGCUGGUGGCGCGUUGCCAAUCGGCGGCGUCGGGGGGUGGCGUCUUCGUCGUCGCCGCCGCCGCCGCAAAUCUACAGCCUUGUCUACUACGACGAUUUCAGCCGGGCAGCAGCUUCUGUUAUCACGACGCAGUUGAUUAUCAUGACGACGGAUCGACAAACACCGGCAAAAACGGUGGCAGUAUGGGUGAAACCCCUCGCCAACGUCCGAUGCCAUCGGUCCAAGUUCCCGACGGCAUUGACCACUUAAUUCAAUCAUCAUCCCCCUGCCCGCCGCAAACUAGCAAUUCACUGCGCAGCAAAAUAUUGCGCAACACGUGCAUUUCACGCCACCACUUGACACCGGAGAUCGCGCUGCGACUCAUAACGCCCGAGUGUGACAUUUAUCAUCGGCCAAUAGCGGCAAAUUCUGAGGAUGGGGGCCACGGAUUCGACGCCGACCCGUUUUGGGGAUUCUACUGGCCCGGUGGCCAGGCUUUAACCAGGUUCAUCCUCGACAACGGGCAUCUGUUCGAGGGUCGUCGCGUGCUGGACGUUGGCUGUGGCUGCGGGACAUCCUCCAUCGCGGCCAGCCGGGUCGCGGCCAGCCAUGUCGUCGCCAACGACAUUGACCACGCUGCCCUGGAAGCGACGCGUGUCAACGCGGAACUCAACCAGAUCACAGACCUAGAGCUGGACCGGCGAAACCGUAUCGGUGACGUCAACGACAGCUAUGACGUCGUGCUGAUUGGGGACCUGUUCUACGACACCGAAAUUGCGGAUCUGCUGCUGCCAUGGCUUGCUGCGUUGACGAAGACGGCGCGAAAAACGGAGAUUUACGUUGGGGACCCCGGACGGCAUGGGUUGACGCGGAGGGAGGGUCGUUUGGGGAGCAGUAUGACUCAAUUAGCACGAUAUGAGCUGCCGGCGAAUGUUUGUAUCGAGAAUAACGGAUUUUCGCACGCGACGGUGUGGAAGUUUGAAGGUGAAGAUUUUCGGUGAUUGAGCAUUUUUUUUGUGUUGGUGUUAUGUA